CAAGCAAGCAAGAUGAAUAUUCCGAGUACUAGAAUUCUUCUUCUGUUAAGUCUUAUUCUCAUUUCAAAAGGAGCGCAUAGCGCUGUUAUAUCAGUUGGUCCUACUUCUGUUACUAUUCCUAUUUAUGAGACAGCAAAUUUUACUUGUGAAGGAACUGGAAAUGAACUGAAUUGGAUAGUAGGGAGUGCCCCACUGACAGAAUCAGUUAAACAACAAAGAGAUGUAUCCUUUACUGAUCCUGGUGGUGGCCCUGGUAACUUAUCAUCAGUACUUACUAUCACUGGGUUACCUGUUAAUGAUGGGAUUAGUAUUGGAUGUCAAAUAAUAUCAUAUCCACCUUUUGAACAAGUGAUCUCUGACACUGGUAGUACACUAACAAUAAGAGGAAUAUCACCAGUUGAAGACAUACAAUGGUCUAAUGAUGAUCAGUUAUUGUCAUGGUCUCCUCCUUCUUUCUAUUCCAAUGAUAUUAUUUCAGGAGGCAUUGCUAUUACUACAUAUGAUGUACUAGUGAAUGGUAUCAGUUAUAUCAACACUACUGAUACUAGUGUAUGGUUGAAUACUACUGGAUUACCUUGUACUAAUGUUACUGUCAGUAUUACUGCAUCUAUUGGACAAUAUGUAUCACGAGGGAGAGAAUAUAUUUUUAACAUCACUGCAGGUUACACUAUCAGCAUAUUAAAUUACACUCUGGUGUAUAAUGAAACAAGCAGUUUAUUCUUUAUUAAUUUGAUAAACUUGGUAAACAAUUCAGCACAGUCCUGUAACACUACCAUAUAUGGCAUCCGUUAUCCGGAUGAAGGAGUGACACAGACCCCAUAUUAUACCAGUACUGAUGGACUAGUAUCAUACACAAUAACUGGAUUAAAACCAUGCAAGGUCUACACUGUUCAAGUCAUUGUAUUGAAUUCCUUAUUUGGUAUUGUUGAUCAAGAUAAUGUGACUAUCACUACAUACAAUGUACAAGAUCUGCUAGUAUCUACUGAAGGGAAUGGAUCAGUUAGUGUACAGUGUGUGUUUGUAUCAGGAUCAACUGCUGAUGGAUGUCAUGUGAUAUUUACUGAUACUAGUAAUGGAAGGAAUGAAUCCUUUAAUAUAACUGGAUCAGGCAAUAGUGCAUUGAUAACAUUAUCAACCAGUGGAGUAUAUGAUGUAACAGCAUAUGAUAUCAGUGAUGAUGGAAGUAUUGUACCAUGGACUUGUGUACAACCUAAACAAGUGUAUGUGAGUUCUAUAACUUCCUCUAUAACUUCCUCCAGUGUAGAUAGUACUAUCAGUGUCAGCUCUAUUUCUUCUACUACUGCCAUCAGUAUUUCUGUUAUUCCAAUACCAUCAUCAUUUGGAAUUGAACCUACACAAGGAACUGAUGGUGACUCCAAGUUUUAUAUCAUUUCUGGAGCGAUUGGUGCUGGUUUAUUGGUGAUAUUCAUAGUAAUACUCAUAGUGGUAGCUUUGUAUUUGAUGUAUAAGAGACAAGCUAAGAAGAAAAGACGUGAUUUGAAUUCAGAUGAUGAAGGAUCUUCAGCUCCAACUAGUGAACCAGUACUACUGAAUAUAGUGGAUCCUUAUCAUGUUUCUACUAAUAAAUUACAAGAUGGACGAUCUGUUCAACAGAAUGGUGCCCUUGUCACUACUACAUCUCCACAUGAGGAUCAAAACAGCUCACUGUUACCAUCUUGUUCUGUUGGUUCACCUCCAAAUAGUACCAGGAACCCAUGUACUAAGAACACUAUCAACACGAAUCUUAAUGGACCGCCAACAUGCAGUUCAUCAUCCACUUAUAAUUCUACUGCUCCAUUACUACCACCUGGUCAUGAUGAUGAUGCUGUCACUGCAUAUAGAAGUAAUGACACUGUUGUUGCUCUUGCUACAAAUGAUAAAAGUGAUGAUGAAAUUGUUGUUUCUCGAGAUAUUAAUAAGGAAGGGAGUGUUACUGUUCCUGGAGAUCUUAACUCAACUACAUGUACUAGCAAAGAUGAGCCUGUUCACCAAGAUUAUUCUCCUUCCUAUGAUGAUUUGGACACCAGUACUGAUCCUUUCAUUGAACAAAGCUCAUUUCACGUUGUACCAAAUGAACCUUUUUAUUCUGAAGCUACAGAAGAAUCUCACACAAAAGGAGCUUCUAGUCUUUGUACUGCGUCAUCAGCUGGACAACCAAAAGAUGAGGAUAAUCACUCAUCAAUUCGUUGGUUUGCCAUUGAAAAUCCUAUCAAUGGUAAUAAUGAGCUUGCUCCUCUUUUUGUGGCAUUAUUGUUUCCUGGACAUGAAAAUAGCAGUAAAAUGCCACUAGAAAAAUUUGAUGAUUCUGGCCAUUCUGAUGUGAUGAUAGUGACCCGUUGUAUGCCACCAGAUCUACCAAAAGACGUAACCAAUGAUGAUGAUCAUUCUGAUCACUCUGGCCUGCCACAAGUAGAGGAAAAAGUGAAUAAUGAGAUACCAGCCUUGUCUAGUGGUAAGGAAGAGAAUGAGAAUGACAGCAUCAAACAACUUGACACUGCUGAAGUCACUAGUAACGAAACAAUUGUACAGGCCAUUGAUACUUUGCAUAGUGACACUGGUACUGCCCAUAAGAUGCAUUCUAAUACUGUAUCAUCUGGCAAAAUCAGUUUAAAGAUCAUUAAUACCAGGCCAGUAGCAGCUUCCAUACAUUCUGAGAUUACAGACGGACAGUUGAGUGGAAGCAUAUGCAAUGGAAAGCUGCUUUUGUAUGAUAAUAAUGGUCCUCUACCUCCUCACUGUGUGCAGGAUCAUAAUUAUAACUUCAAUAAUAAUGGUGAAGCUGGGCCUGACAGAGUAUUAAAAUGGUGGAUUACUGGUCUGACCUUUCUUUUGUUGUUCAAAAAAAAUGUCUUUAUUAUUGUGAUUACCCUGUUGAUAGCAAAUAGCCUUGACAGUCUUUUGAAUUACAUUUCAGUUCGCAAAAAGAGGAAUUUGAACACUAGAGAAUUGGAACUGGAAGAGAAUGGUUUGAAUUCUAAAGAAGUGACCAAUCCACCUGAUCAGCCGAUUGAGUUGAAAGCAGAGAACAUUGCUGUUGAACAAAAGUACAUGUAACAUUUAUUUUGCUGCGCUACCUUGCUGACUUGCUGCUACAAUAAUUUGCUAUUUUUGCUGUGUGAUUUAAAAAAAUACCAUUUAGUCAAACUUA